AUGCCUGCACCACAACGAGCACGGCACUCGGCAGCGCGCCCGCCCUCGAUCUCGUCCGUCGCCGCCUUCGCCGCCGCGCCAGCCCACGUCGUCAGGCGGCCGCACCGCGUCGCCUGCGCCCUCUUUGUCGUCCUCGUCCUCCUCACCUUAUCGGCUCUCGAGAUCGGCGGCAAAAAGGCCCUGUCCGAGCCCCAUUCGCCGAGCCAGGACGAGCUCGCCCAGGUCGGCGGCAGCGCGAGUACCGCAGCCGGCGCGCAGGCGGCGUCGCAGGUCGCGCCUGUCGCACGAGUCGGCGCGGCGAAACGGCCAGUCGCCGAGGAGGACCGCGCCAAGGAGGUGGACGACCGACCGGCGGGGCGAGAGGUGGUUGAGGAGGUCCUGCUGGACGAGGUGGAGCCCUCGGUCGACGAGGACGGCGCUCUUCCUGUGUGCGACAAGUCGGUCGUGUUCCGCUUCGCAGGCCUGCACGGCUUCGGCUCCGAGGUCACCCUCCUCCUGCGCGUUGCCGCCGUCGCCAGCCACUUUGGCUAUCCCGUGUUCAUCGACACCGCGUCGUGGAACUACGGCGCGUGGGACGACUACUUCGUCCCGCUCGACUCGCCCUUCCCGCCCUUCUCCUCCCCUUCCGACGACGCCGCACCCUCGCCCGCCUGCCGCCUGCCGCCGAGCGACACCAAGCGCUACAAGCUUGCUCUCACGAGCGACGAGCACAAGGUCGCCGCAGGCCCCGACGCGCUUGACGCGCCGUUCGAGCCUCGGUGGACCCGCCGCAGCCACAUCGUGUGGUCGGCGCGCGACAUGGACGGCCUCGACGCGACGUUCUUGCGCCUGUUCGCCGACGCCGACGAGCUCGAGACGCUCCACCGCGAGGACGUCGAGCUUCUCACGCGGCGGAAGGCCAAGCCGGCGUUCCUGUCGCCAAGGAGGACGCUGCCGGCCGUGCACGAGCGAGCCUUCCGGCGACUGAGCGAGCUCGCCGAGUUGGCGUGGAGGCCCGUCGACCUCGUCCAGGACUUGGUCGGCGAGCUCGAGGAGCGGUUGGCGCUGUCGGACCGCGGCGAGGGCGUCACGGGCGCAGGGUCCCUCCUCAUCGGCGUUCACGUUCGCCUCGGCGACAAGUUCCUCGAGGUCGACCACAUCGGCCCCGCCGCGUACGCGCCGGACCUCGCGCCCGCCCCACCGAGCACGACCUCCCCUCGCGGCCUGCACGCCGACCUCCUCACGUCCUACUUUGCCGCCUCGAUCGACUCGGUCCACUCGCUCCUCGCGCUCCCCUCGAUCGCGCACCAGUUCUCGGCCGCCCACUCGUCCAAGGACCGCAUCCGGGCCCUCCUCGCCGCGACCUCGUCGUGGGCGUCCGAGGACCCGAGCGAGCGCCCGACGCUCGCCCUUAUGAGCGACGACGACCGCGCCGUCGAGGCGUUCAGGGCGCACCCGCUCGCGGCGAGGUUCCGCAUCGUCGGCACGGCCGAGGCGGCGCCGUCGUCGGGCGAGGGCGAGGGCGAGGAGGAGCGAGCCGAUGGGGGCGGCGAGGCAGCAGAGGGGAAGGCGGCGGGCGAUGAUAAGCCGCAAGGCGGCCUGCUCGAGGUCGUCGAGCGUGAGCCGGCGGCGCGGGACGCCGAGGCGGAGGAGGAACAGGAGCAGGUCCGAGCGGCGGCCGACGAGGACGACGAGUUGCUCGCCGACAAGCGGUCGUUGCCGUCGGCGAACGGCACCGAGCUGGCUGCGCAGGAGCUGGGCGUGCGGCGAGUCGUAGGCGGGCCGACGAUCGAGCGCGAGAAGCGGCGAGGCGGGAAGAAGCGGCAGGUCGGUGAGAUCCCGGCGGGCUUUAACGAGACGAGCUUCAACUCGCUCCCCCUCGCGGCGCGCAUCUCGUCGGCGCGCCUGUUCGUGCGCGACCUGACGGUCCUCGCACGGCGCUCGGAUGCCCUCGUCGUCACCGGGUCGAGCAACGUGGUUCCCGACGGCGCGCUUCACCUGAGGCACGCCGGCGUGCCGCUCGGCCUCGUCGGGCCCAUGUCCCUCGCCACGGCGCAGUCGGCGGCGCUCCUCCUCGGCUGCUCCUUCGACCCGACCUGGGUCAAGACGAGCGAUUGCGGGUCGUCCAACUGCGCGUACUCGGCGAGCUACGUGCCGCCUCGUCAACCACGGUAG